AUGAAAGCGUAAUACUGCCGCUUUGGUGACCCUUAGCUAGCGAAUUUAGUUACACUAGUGGUAAUAAUGGAGCUCUUGAAUGGAAAUAGGGCAGCAGAGCUAAUUCCCCAAAGAGGCAAUACCCGCGAAGCUACAUAAGCUUAAACCACCGGAGUUAAGGUAUCCCCGCAAUAUGCCACCGAGUUUCUAUAGACAUUCGAUCAUUUUUGAAUCGAGCAAUAUUGCUCCAAAAACCGAUGUUUCCGAUUCAGAUACGCCAAUCCUCGGCUUUAAGGGAUAUCCCAUCGAUACCGUUUCAGGUAUUCCUGGAGUUCAAGAAAAGAUAUAUAAACCCGAGGUGACACUCUCCCAGACCUUUCUAACUCCUAAUAAGCUUCAACUGAGUAAUAUACAAUUCAUACUCAAACAAUCCCAUAAUGGCACCCAAGAUCGUCCUAGUAACCGGCGCCAAUAACGGCAUCGGCUACGAAACAGUCAAAGCGCUGCUCCAAUCCACCAAAGCAACCUACCACAUCUUCCUAGGUAGUCGGUCGCUCGAAAAAGCCAAAAAGGCCCUAGAAACCCUCAACACCGAAGUACCCGCUACGAAAAGCAGCGUUGAACUCCUCCGGCUUGACCUAACCGACGAUGCAUCUAUUGAAACAGCCUAUGAGACAGUGCGCAAUAGCCAUGACCACAUUGAUAUUCUCGUGAACAAUGCCGGCGCCAGCUUUGACGGCGAGCUCCUCGCAGGCCGCGUGUCACUCCGCGAGUGCUUCACCAAAGCAUACGAUGUCAAUGUAGCCGGAACACAUGUCUUGACCUACACCUUCAUACCAUUACUGUUGAAGUCGGCAGAUCCGCGAUUAGUCUUCGUGGCGGGGCUGUCCCAGAUCACCCAGGCCGCUGAAUCCUACUUCCCGACACCGCCGCUGCCGGCGGGUUGGCCGAAGAAUGUUGAUUUUGAGACUAUUGGGUAUCGGUGCAGUAAGACGGCUUUGAAUAUGCUGAUGCUGGAUUGGAAUCAUAAACUCAAGGCGGAUGGGGUGAAAGUCUGGGGUGCUGGGCCGGGAUUUCUGGCGACGGGCUUGGGUGGUUUGACCGAGAAGGUUAGGGAGAUGGGUGGCGGACAUCCUAGUAUUGGGGGUGUUUUUAUUAAGGAUGUUGUGGAGGGGGCUAGGGAUAAUGAUGUUGGGAAGUUGGUGCGGAAGGAUGGGAUUUCGGCUUGGUGAGGGAUUGUUGAGUGUGGAAUGGCUAUUUGGGAUGAGGGGAUUAUUUCAAUUUAGUGCAUGCCUUGAUUUUGUUUUCCUUUUCUGGAAUAUUUAUAUGCUUAAGUUACCUGAAGUUCACGGGGAGUAGAGGUCGAGAAGGCGAGGAGAUUUCAUUAUAAGAUGUUGAAA